UCUCUCUCUCUCUCUCUCUGCGCAAAAUGCCUGGCCAAGUGAUGUCUGAGAAGCUUCUUCAAGGGCUUCCUUUCUCGGAAAGAGAAAGCCACAGUAAUGGCGCUAAUUACCACCAGAGGUUGGAGGGCAAAGUGGCCAUAGUCACGGGCGGUGCCAGAGGAAUAGGAGAGGCUGCCGUGCGGCUCUUCGCCAGACAUGGCGCCAAGGUCGUUGUGGCGGACGUCGAGGAUGUCCUCGGGGAAGCCCUCGCGAGCUCACUGGCCCCGAACUACUGCGUCACCUACGUCCACUGCGACGUGAGCUCGGAACCCGACGUGGAGAACAUGGUGAGCUCGACUGUCUCCCGCUACGGCCACCUCGACAUCCUCUUCAACAAUGCCGGGGUCCUGGGGAGCCAGUCGGGCAAGAGCAAGAGCAUCCUGAACUUCGACGCCGAGGAGUUCGACUGUGUGAUGCGCGUGAAUGUCCGGGGCACGGCCCUGGGGAUGAAGCACGCGGCUGGGGCCAUGAUCCCCCGGGGGAGCGGGUGCAUCAUCUCGACGGCCAGCGUGGCCGGGGUCCUUGGGGGCCUCGGCCCACACGCCUACACGGCGUCAAAGCACGCCAUCGUGGGGCUCACGAAGAACGCGGCGUGCGAGCUGGGCCGGCACGGAAUCAGGGUCAACUGCAUCUCACCGUUCGGGGUGGCGACAUCGAUGCUCGUCAAUGCGUGGGGCGGCGGCGACGUAGGAGAUGAAUGCAUGAGUUUUGGGGUGCCGUGCGAGCAAGAAGUGGAGAAGAUGGAGGAGUUCGUGAGCAGCCUUGCCAAUCUGAGGGGGCCGACGCUAAGGGCGAAGGACGUUGCCGAGGCCGCUUUGUAUCUUGCUAGCGACGAGUCCAAGUACGUCAGUGGCCACAACUUGGUUGUCGAUGGGGGUAUCACCACUUCCAGAAAUUGUGUUGGUUUGUAGAAUUUUCUUUUCUAAUCUUUUUGCCUCUUUUUUUUUUUUUUUUCUUUUGUUGAUUGCCGUUUUCUUUUGUAAUUGGAAACUUCGAUUGUACAAUUCUAAUGGUGUCUUUGCUCUUCUCAAGCAUC